AUGUCUCUGAAUGGCUCCUCGGCCCCGGCGGCGGGGAACCGCACCUCCUCGUCGGGCGAGCCCUUCUCCCUGCUGAGCCUACUGGCGCUGAGCUUGCUGGCGCUGCUGACGGCGGCCACGCUGGUGUGGAACCUCCUGGUGCUGGUGACCAUCCUGCGGGUGAAGGCUUUCCACCGGGUGCCGCACAACUUGGUGGCCUCCACGGCCGUGGCCGACGCGCUGGUGGCAGCGCUGGUGAUGCCGCUGAGCCUAGCCAAGGAGCUGUCCGCCGGGCGGCGCUGGCGUCUGGGCCGCCGGCUGUGCCGCGUGUGGGUGGCCUGCGACGUGCUCUGCUGCACGGCCAGCAUCUGGAGCGUGGCCGCCAUCGCCCUGGACCGCUACUGGUCCAUCACGCGGCACCUGGACUACACGCUGCGCGCCCGCCGCCGCGCGUCCAACCUCAUGAUCGGCCUGGCCUGGGCGCUCUCGGCCCUCAUCUCGCUGGCGCCGCUGCUGGGCUGGGGCGAGACCUACUACAGCGCCGAGCAGGAGCGCUGCCAGGUCAGCCAGGAGCCUUCCUACACCGUCUUCUCCACGUGCGGCGCCUUCUACCUGCCCCUCUGCGUGGUGCUUUUCGUCUACUGGAAGAUCUACAAGGCGGCCAAGUUGCGCAUCGGGGGCCGCGGCAGGAGGAAUGCCGUCUUGCCGCUUCCGGAGCUUGGCCAGGUGAAAGAAGUUUCUCAUCAGCCCCAGAUGGUGUUUACAGCUCGUCACGCGACUGUCACUUUCCAGACAGAUGGAGAAACAUGGAGAGAACAGAAAGAGAAGAAAGCAGCUAUGAUGGUUGGCAUUUUAAUUGGCGUGUUUGUACUUUGUUGGAUUCCCUUCUUUGUCACAGAACUAAUAAGCCCCCUCUGUUCCUGCACCAUUGCACCUGUCUGGAAAAGCAUCUUCCUCUGGCUUGGGUACUCGAAUUCUUUCUUCAAUCCUCUUAUUUAUACUGCAUUUAACAAAAAUUACAACAAUGCAUUCAAGAACCUUUUUGCGAGACCAAGAUAGAAGAUGGUCAGAAAGGAAGACCUUCACAUUUUGUAUUGUAUUGCCCUGAUUUAGGACAGGUAUUUUGUAUCAGUGAAAUGCACACGAGAGUAUUACCCACUUGUUGGAAUUCAGCAGCCAUAAAGAAGACUGUGGAGGUAGCACAUAAACAGAAUAGCUAAUUAGAAUCUUCCAUUGCCAUGCAGAGGCAGAAGUCUGGAAGUUGGCAUCUGGCUCCAUGGUUUGCAACAGUGUUAUGUAAAGUUGAGAAGCAGAGAAUUUAAAAAACAUUUAAAAGCUUUUAAAACGGCAUGUUAAACAGUUUUGCCAUUUGUGGCAAAUGAUUAAUUGGUGGUAGUAGGAAUCUUGUUUUCAAUACAUUGUAAGUACUGCAAAACACCAGAAAUCCUGAUGUAAG